AUGAACAUUAGAAGGUUGGUAGGGGGUGAGUGAGGGUGGGUAGUGGGGAGACCCCCUUGGGACAGUGAAUAUCUGGGGACAGGAGCAGAACCACAUCAUCUGACCAUUAUAGACAUGGAAGGGGGUUAUGGGAUAUAGCUGUUGGUUUUGAUCAUGACUAAACUAUUUGGUGAAUUUGAGAUUCAUGUUUGAGUUGUAACCAGAUGUUCUGUAUGUUGGUAAAGUAGUGGUUAUUUAUGCUUGUUGAUGUCAUAUAACCAGGACUUGAGUUGUGUGUUCAGUGAACCAGUGUUUCAUGUCAUAGUCUGUUGCUCCUCAACACCUGCAGUAGGUCCCAGCUGCAGCAGUACAGUCUCUGUUCAGUCUGAUUGAGGGAGGUUUUUGCACGACUCUAAAUCACUGUGUGAUCACUGGGCCACCAUAUACACCCAUACCAUAGUAAUCUCCUGCAUCUUCAGCUUGGACAUCAGUGAUGGUAAGAGUGUAGUCAGUACCUGAUCUACUGCCACUGAAUCUAGAUGGUGAUCCAGACUGAAGUGUAUUUACACUAUAGAUGAGGAGUUUAGGAGCCUGUCCAGGUUUCAGCAGGUACCAGCUCAUGUCAUCACCAAUACCUGUUGAACUUGCAACAGCUUUGAUAGACACAUUUUCUCCCAGACGAACUGACUUCGAUUUUUCAGCUUGAUUCAGGACACGUUGUGCAGAGGACUCUGAAAUUGAAACGGGGAAAUUAGCUUUGAGUAGUCUUAAAAAUCCACAUGUCUGAACCUCCUGUAGCGCUGAGAGAUACAGUCUUUCCCAGAAUAACAGAUUUCGAUUUAUCAGCUUGAUUCAGGAAAUUAUUUGCAGAUGACUCUGAAAUGGAAACAGCAUUGAUUAGUCAUAAUAAUCAAAAUAGAAGCAUUGUAAACACCACACACGCACAAACAGUAGCAUAGAGGUUUCUCAAACUAUCUUAACGUUCUCAAAGCUUCUCUGUCUCUUUACAGAUCCUGUCUGAAACGACAGCUCGGAGUGGUCAGAGAGGAGAUUUUCCCAUUCAAACCUAUUAACUAGCAGACCACAGUGAGAGAUGCUGUGAGUUUCUCACCCUGAGUCAGGAGCCCCAAUGUGAUCAGCAUUGGAAUCAGCUGUAUUUUUAUCUUCAUAUUGUUCAUCAUGAUCUGUGGCUCUGAGAAGACAACAGACCGAACCCAACGAUGAUAACACUGCAGUAUUAAAGUGUCAAGACAGAUCUCAAUCCUGCAGUCUGAAACUCCCAGGGCUAUAAACACUCCCAGAGCACUGAAGCAUGAGCUGCCAAUGCAAAGCACCUUCUCUAUGGAAAUACCCUACCUCAGGACAGAUGAUGAACCUGUUAAUGCAAUGACAUAAACACAAUAAUCUUAAACGUGGAAUACAAUAGCUUCAUACAUCUGUGGAAGGCCUGGAAUUGACCAUAGUAUUUAGUUACAUGUAAGUGUAUUCAUUCAAUACUAGUGUAUUGCUAUUCUAUACGGCUGCCUUCUUGUACUUAGUGAGUUUGUCAGAGAUAAUUAUUUGAAAUCUCCAACAUUUAUAUUUUAUAGUAAUAUUUUAUAGUAAGCUAAAAUAAAUCAUCUAAAAAUAUCAAAACAUUUAUUUGAAAGGUUAUGACCUACAUAUGCUGUUUUUGACUGACUAUCAGUGGUAGGGUUGAAUGUGUGUUGUGUAGAGAGUUACUGGUGUGUGUAAAGUGCAGGAGGUUUUUGUACGGCCGUUCAAUGAGUCUGUAUCACUGUGGUACACUUUCGGUGGCGGCACCAAACUCAUCAUUGACUGUAAGUACCUUGAGAUUUAUCAUUUUUAUAAUACAUUCGUUUUAAACAUUUAAAAAGUCAUUCUUGAGAAAUAGUUGUAUUUGUUGAUGUUUAAUUGAUUUAAUUCCAAUUAUUGUUUCCAUAUUAUCUAAUGAUCCUUCAAGGAUAAAAAUGUCAUAUACCAAACAUCUGUGAACAGAAAAGGAUAGUUUUAGUGUUUGAUGUCUUUAAGUACACUAAACCAGUUAAGAUGCAUUAUUCAACUUUUUAUAUUGUAAGCAUCUAAGUUUAAUAUCUGUACUGUAAUUUAACACCACUGAUUGUAGUGUGUUGUCUUGCUUCAUAGAUGUUAUUGGAGGGAAGUGAAAGUCUGUAGAAGAUAUAUACAUAACCUGCCAUUUUCACAGACCCUGUCCUAUUUUUAAAAGUAUCAAAUUUGUUUCUUCAUGUUAAAGUUGUUGAAAGUUCUUCAAGGUUCUUGUCCAGUUUACCCCUUACAUGUCAUCUCUCCUUUCCCCCUCCCCUUCUCUCCCAGUGGGUGUGGUACGUCCCUCCCUGACCGUCCUACUCCCCUCCAGUGAGGAGCAGGACAAGGGGAAUGUUGCCCUAGUGUGCCUGGCCAACAGGGGCUUCCCAGGGGGAUGGAAGCUGGGUUGGAGGCUGGGGGCCGGGGGAGCCUUGCAGGGCAGCCAGAGUCUGGAGGUCCUGGAGAAGGAUGGUCACUACAGCUGGAGCAGCAGCCUCACCCUCCCCACUGACCAGUGGAGGAAUGCUGGCUCAGUCACCUGUGAGGCCACCCUAAAGGACCAGACCCCCGUCACUCACACACUGGAGCCACGCCACUGCUCCCAGUAGACCCCCUGUACACAGAGAACACCUAUCUGUCUGUCAUUCCAUCAUUCUAAAUAUCCAUCUAUAGCUUCAGCUUUGGUCAUCAAUUUGUGUUUCUAACAUCUUUACAUCUGUACGUGUGGUUGUAUUGCUUUUAGAUUGGAAAUGUUAACAAAAUAAAGUACUUUGUAUUAAUGUCAAAGAAGGUGUCCCUGAUUUUUAUUAUGAAUAUAGUUGUGAAUAUCUGUGGACUUGUGGUUGUUAAACAAAGAGUAAACUGCUCUGUAACAAAAUGAUCAUUAGCAGGUUGAUAGGGGGUGAGGGAGGGUGGGUAGUGGGUAGACCCCUUGGGACAGUGAAUAUCUGGGGACAGGAGCAGAACCACAUCAUCUGACCAUUAUAGACAUGGAAGGGGGUUAUGGGAUAUAGCUGUUGGUUUUGAUCAUGACUAAACUAUUUGGUGUAUUUCAGUUGUACCCAGAUGUUCUGUAUGGUGGUAAAGUAGUGGUUAUUUAUGCUUGGUGAUGUCAUAUAACCAGGACUUGAGGUGUGUAUUCAGUGAACCAGUGUUUCAUGUCAGAGUCUGUUGCUCCUCAACACCUGCAGUAGGUCCCAGCUGCAGCAGUACAGUCUCUGUUCAGUCUGACUGAGGGAGGUUUUUGUACGACUCUAAAUCACUGUGUGAACACUGGGCCGCUAUAAUAACCCAUACCAUAGUAAUCUCCUGCAUCUUCAGCUUGGACACCAGUGAUUGUAAGAGUGUACUCAGUACCUGAUCUACUGCCACUGAAUCUAGAUGGUGUUCCAGACUGAAGUGUAUUUACACUAUAGAUGAGGAGUUUAGGAGCCUGUCCAGGUUUCUGCAGGUACCAGCUCAUGUCAUUACCAAUACCUGAACCUCCUGUUGCUCUGAUAGAUACAGUCUUUCCCAGAAUAACAGAUUUCGAUUUAUCAGCUUGAUUCAGGAAAUUAUUUGCAGAUGACUCUGUAAUGGAAACAGCAUUGAUUAGUCAUAAUAAUCUAAAUAGAAGCAUUGUAAACACCACACACGCACAAACAGUAGCAUAGAGGUUUCUCAAACUAUCUUAACAUUCUCAAAGCUUCUCUGUCUCUUUACAGAUCCUGUCUGAAACGACAGCUCGGAGUGGUCAGAGAGGAGAUUUUCCCAUUCAAACCUAUUAACUAGCAGACCACAGUGAGAGAUGCUGUGAGUUUCUCACCGUGAGUCAGGAGCCCCAAGGUGACCAGCAUUGGAAUCAGCUGUAUUUUUAUCUUCAUAUUGUUCAUCAUGAUCUGUGGCUCUGAGAAGACAACAGACCGAACCCAACGAUGAUAACACUGCAGUAUUAAAGUGUCAGGACAGAUCUCAGUCCUGCAGUCUGAAACUCCCAGGGCUAUAAACACUCCCAGAGCACUGAAGCAUGAGCUGCCAAUGCAAAGCACCUUCUCUAUGGAAAUACCCAACCUCAGGACAGAUGAUGAAACUGUUAAUGCAAUGACAUAAACACAUUAAUCUUAAACGUGGAAUAAAAUAGCUUAAUACAUCUGUGGAAGGCCUGUAAUUGACCAUAGUAUUUAGUUACAUGUAAGUGUAUUCAUUCAAUACUAGUGUAUUGCUAUUCUAUACCGCUGCCUUCUUGUACUUAGUGAGUUUGUCAGAGAUAAUUAUUUGAAAUCUCCAACAUUUAUAUUUUAUAGUAAUAUUUUAUAGUAAGCUAAAAUAAAUCAUCUAAAAAUAUCAAAACAUUUAUUUGAAAGGUUAUGACCUACAUAUGCUGUUUUUGACUGACAAUCAGUGGUAGGGUUGAAUGUGUGUUGUGUAGAGAGUUACUGGUGUGUGGAAAGUGCAGGAGGUUUUUUGUACGGCCGUUCAAUGAGUCUUUAUCACUGUGGUACACUUUCGGUGGCGGCACCAAACUCAUCAUUGACUGUAAGUACCUUGAGAUUUAUCAUUUUUAUAAUACAUUCGUUUUAAACAUUUAAAAAGCCACAAAAAGUCAUUAUUGAGAAAUAGUUGUAUUUGUUGAUGUUUAAUUGAUUUAAUUCCAAUUAUUGUUUCCAUAUUAUCUAAUGAUCCUUCAAGGAUAAAAAUGUCAUAUACCAAACAUCUGUGAACAGAAAAGGAUAGUUUUAGUGUUUGAUGUCUUUAAGUACACUAAACCAGUUAAGAUGCAUUAUUCAACUUUUUAUAUUGUAAGCAUCUAAGUUUAAUAUCUGUACUGUAAUUUAACAGAUAUUGGAGGGAAGUGAAAGUCUGUAGAAGAUAUAUACAUAACCUGCCAUUUUCACAGACCCUGUCCUAUUUUAAAAAGUAUCACAUUUGUUUCUUCAUGUUAAAGUUGUUGAAAGUUCUUCAAGGUUCUUGUCCAGUUUAACCCUUACAUGUUGUCAUCUCUCCUUCCCCCCUUCCCCUUCUCUCUCCUAGUGGGUGUGGUACGUCCCUCCCUGACCGUCCUACUCCCCUCCAGUGAGGAGCAGGACCAGGGGAAUGUUGCCCUAGUGUGCCUGGCCAACAGGGGCUUCCCGGGGGGCUGGAAGCUGGGUUGGAGGCUGGGGGCCGGGGGAGCCUUGCAGGGCAGCCAGAGUCUGGAGGUCCUGGAGAAGGACGGUCACUACAGCUGGAGCAGCAGCCUCACCCUCCCCACUGACCAGUGGAGGAAUGCUGGCUCAGUCACCUGUGAGGCCACCCUAAAGGACCAGACCCCUGUCACUCACACACUGGAGCCACGCCACUGCUCCCAGUAG